AUGCAUUGCCGUGACGCAGCCAAGACGGUUCGUUUGCUCGCCUUUGGCCACUAUCGACGAGCAAGUGCUCACGAUCCUUCUUCUCCUUACAGAGUGGCGGCUAUCUCGGUGGCGCAGCGAGUAGCGGAGGAAGUGGGCUGCAUCCUGGGCGAAGAGGUGGGCUACAGCGUCCGCUUUGAGGCCCUCUGCACGCCAGAGACGAAGGUGCUGUACUUGACGGACGGCAUGCUAUUCCGCGAGAUUUUGCUUGACCCUUUGCUGUCCCGAUACUCGGUCGUCAUGGUCGACGAGGCGCACGAGCGGAGCAGCUAUACGGACCUCUUGCUGGGCGUGCUGAAGAAAAUCCGCCGCGUCCGCCCCGAGCUUCGCAUCGUCAUUUCGUCCGCUACCAUCGAGGCGCAAGAAUUCGUCGACUUCUUCAACCGCACGACGCCCUCUUCUUCUCAUCCCAACUCUGGCCUCAAACCCGGCGAGGACGUUCACGCACCUCCACCUGCGAAGAAGUCUCGAUGGGACAAGAAAGAGAAGGAGGAGCCGAAGCUGGAUGAGGCGGUUAUGGUUCGGCUGGAGGGCAAGGCGUUCCCGGUCGAGAUCGCCUACUUGGAGGAGCCGACGAGCGACAUUGUGAUGAAGGUCGUCGAGACGGUCUUUGACAUCCACCUCAAGCACCCGGUUGGCGACAUCCUCGUCUUCCUGACUGGUCGAGACGAGAUCGACCGGUGUCUCCAGCAGAUUGCGGACUACCAGCACCGACUACCGCAAGGCGCUCCACUCAUCAAAGCGUUCCCUCUUCACUCCGGCCUUUCGACAGAGAGCCAGAUCGCCGUAUUCGAACCGCCUUCGCCUCGAACCCGGAAAGUCAUCGUGAGCACGAACAUCGCCGAGGCUUCGGUCACCAUCGAUGGUAUCAAAUUCGUCGUGGACUCGGGACUCGUCAAGCUACGAUCGUUCGACCCGGUGACCGGCAUGGACGCGCUCGUCACGACUCCCUGCUCCCUCGCCUCCCUCGCUCAACGAGCAGGCCGCGCAGGGCGCACGUCGCCCGGCAAAUGCUUUCGCCUCUUCCCCGCCACGGCACUCAAGGCCCUCCUUCCGACGACCCCGCCCGAGAUCACUCGAUCCGACAUCUCGCUCCUCGUCCUGCAGCUCAAGUCGCUCGGCAUCCAGAAUAUUCUCCGCUUCGACUGGAUGACGAGCCCGAGCAGCACGAUGCUCGAGCGCGCGCUGGAGUUCUUGUAUUGCCUCGGCGCGCUCGACGAGGAGGGCAAAUUAACGCGGCCGCUUGGAGUGCGGAUGGCGGAGCUACCGAUUGAUCCGAUGAUGUCGAAGAUUCUGCUCGACUCGCAUAGCUUCGGCUGCUCCGACGAGAUCUUGACAGUCGCGGCGAUGACUUCGGUCCAGAACGUGUUCAUCCUCGACGACGGCGACUCGAUUCGAGGCGAGCUGGAGCGGCGCAAGUUCACCGUCGAGGAAGGCGAUCACCUGACGGCGCUCAACGCUUACAACGCAUUCAUCAAGCACGGUCGGAAGUCGUCCAAAUGGUGCCACAACCACCGCCUCAACUUCAAGGCCCUCUCGCGCGCCCUCUCCAUCCGGACGCAACUCAGCAAAUACCUCAAGCGCUUCGACAUCCCGAUCAUCUCCUGCGGAUCCGAUCAUGCCAAGAUCCGACGAUGCCUGACGAGCGGCUACUUCCGGAACGCUGCGGUCGCUCAGCCAGACGGGACGUACAAGUCUGUGCGGGAAGGAGCACUCCUCCAUGUCCACCCCUCCUCCGUCUACUUUACGCGCACUCCGCCGUCGUCGUUCGUGAUCUUCCACGAGGUCAUCGAGACGACGAAGCGGUUCAUGCGCGAGGUGACGGCCAUCGAGCAAGACUGGCUCGUCGAGCUCGCCGGUCACUACUACCAGUUCAGAGAGACCAAGCGGUAG